UCCUGCCUUGUGGAUUCUUGUAUUGUGCUUUUUAUAAAUUCAGCACUGUAAUUUGCACUAUUUAUUUCGCAGACCUGCCUAUGUUUUAUGGAUAUGAUUACAUAUUGUUGGAGGUGUGUGUGCAUGAUGUUACUUGAUGGAGCUAUACUUGAUAUUACACCAGGGUUCAGAUGCUGCUGCACUGCAUCGUAAAGGUACUAUCUUCGAAAUGCUUAUAAAGAAAGAAUAGCAUGGCUUUCAUCAGAGAUCUCACUGCUGCUGGUAUCUUAUAACACAUACCUUUUUGUUAAGGACUUAAUUCUGAUCAUCCUAUGCUUGCGAAAGAGUAUGAACGUGUUAGAGCAGGCAAGCCACCUGCUACCAUAGAGAUGUCCCGCUAUGGUUUGGAGCCACCCCCAGCAAACAAGAGGAAUGAUGUUGCUGCUUGGAGGCAGGCUCUACGGAAUGCUCAGAGCCAACUGCAGCAUCAAAUUAUAAGGAUUGAGAAUCUGGAGCUUAUGCUGAAGCACGGUGUUGAGGUUUGGAAGCUCCAGAACAGGAAAAUGGAAUCGGUUUUGUCUAGGAUGCAAAAGAUGGCUUUGGAAUACAACGAAAAAAUAGAAACCGUCAACCGUGAGAGGAAAUUUCAUCAGCAAAACACUGGUGGGCAACUCCAUGCAUUGACAGUAGAAUGGCAGGAACUGUGCCAGAAAAAUAUAGCUAUUCAAGCUGCCUGUGUUGAUCUGCAGAAUCAGAUUGAUCAGCUUAAACUUGAAGCUAAAGAACAGGGAAUGCUAGUGGAUGACAGCAAUGGAACUAAUCUGCAAACAUCAGAAGGGAUUUGAGGUUGAGAUGUUUCUAGACACAGAUGUAGGAAGGAAGAAGCUGUGAUGACCCUGGUUCCAUGAGAUGUCUGCUAGAGGCUCCAUUAGCCACCGUGCUUACUUGACCUGCAACUGUGAGUUCCGGAUACAAAUCCAGGUACCUUGACAAAUCCCAUCCGUUGACUGUACAUGGUGGCAUGUGCUGGUGAACACCUGGUAGAGAAACAGCUUAAACACAUGUAGUGUUGUGUGGUGGAUUGUUAGUGUUAUGUGGCAAGAGGAACAGAAUGCCCAUCUUAUUUGUUCAUUGCAAAUGGACGCUGACUUUUCUGGGUGUAAUUGUACGUUUUGACAUUGAAUUAUGAGCUGAAUCUUUGGUGCUUCUGCCCUGAAAUUGCCUGUUUCGACGGCAAAUGUAAUGGGAGUUGUUGCCGUUUGGGUUCCUGGCCUAUGUUCGUGGAGACUUUAUGAGUCAAACCAGUGCCCUUCUAUCCAGUA